AUGUCUUCAUCCAGAAAUAGUCAAGCUGGUAGUAUUUCUUCUAUCAAUACCAGUUUUAAUUUAACUAAUUUAUUUAACAGUGAAAGUAAUGGAACAAAUAUAACUAUUUUAAAACAAGGUUGGCUUCAAAAAUGGACGAAUUAUAUUAAAGGAUAUCAACAAAGAUGGUUUGUUUUAGAUUCUAAAUGUUCACUAGCAUAUUAUAGAACUCAAUCUGAAGUCAAUCAUACAUGUAGAGGAUCAAUAAAUUUACAAGAGGCAAGAAUCGUCUCUGAAAAAAAUACCAACAAUAUUACUAUUUCAGCAUCAACACAAGUGUUUCAUUUGAAAACUCAAAAUGAAAAUGAUAGAAAAAAUUGGAUUAAUGUUCUGGAACAAGCCAGACAUCAGGCCAUAUGUCAAGCUGAAUCAGAAGAUGACGAUCUAGCGAUAGGAAAUGUUGAAUGUGACUUUAAACCUGCAAUUGAAAAUUUUAAUAAAAAACUUAAUGAUAAGAUGAAUGAUGUAAGAAAAUAUGAGACAAAAUCAAUUAAGCAUUUAGAAGCUCUUCUACAAUCAUUGAACUCUUUAGAUAAUGAUAAUGAUAGAAAAAAAUUAUCAUCUAAAGUAGAUAAAGUUAAAGAAUCAACUCGAAAAAUGACUUUAGAAGUACAAACAUUUAUUGAUGAAGCAAAUAAAGAAAUAAAUAAAUUAUCAAAAGCUAUUCUACAUGGACAAGAACAACGAAAACAAUUACAGGCACAAUUAGAAGCUCUUGCUAAACAGCAUUCAAAGUUAGAAAAGGCAGCUGAAUACAACUCAAAAAAAAAUUAUUCUUCUAAAAAAUCUUCAAUUGAUAGUGCUUUUUCAUCAUCAAAUAAAGAACAAAUUUCUCAAGAUAUUAUUGAUAUGGAUGAUCAUCCAAACAAUAAUGAAUAUUAUGAUGAUGAUUCAGAUGAUGAUUUAUUUGAAGACGCUUGUGAAACAUUUAACAGAAGUGGAACAAAAAUAUCUCGUAAACAACAAGAAGAUGAUUCUAAUUUAUUUGACGCUAAAAUUGUAUCUAAACACAAUGAUGAGAAUCAACAGGUUCAUAAUCAAAACAUCAAUUCAAAUUCAAUUUUAUCUUCAAGGACAAUGAAUGGAACAAUAAAAAUAAGACGUACAAAAAUUCCAGAAAAACAAAAUAAACCAUUAAACCUUUGGAGUAUAAUGAAAAAUUGUAUUGGUAAAGAAUUAUCAAAAAUACCUAUGCCUGUAAAUUUUAAUGAACCAAUAUCAUAUUUACAAAGAAUAACAGAAGAUUUAGAAUAUGCUCAACUAUUAGAUAUAGCGUCACAAAAAGAUUCUUUAGAACAGUUAGCUUAUUUGGCAGCAUUUGCUUCUAGUUGUUAUUCUUCAACCGGUGAAACUUUUGAAUGUGACAGGAUUGAUGAUUUGGGAUGGAGAAGUAUAACAGAACAAGUAUCACAUCAUCCACCAGCAGCAGCACAUUAUGCUGAGGGUAAAGAUUGGGAAUUAUAUCAAGAUUUUCUUUUAACUUCAAAAUUUCGUGGGAAAUAUCUUUCUGUCCAACCAAUUGGUGCCACUCAUAUAUUAUUUAAAAAUUCAAAUAAUCAUUAUACUUUUAAGAAAGUAACUACUACUGUUCAUAAUAUCAUUGUUGGAAAAUUAUGGAUUGACAAUCAUGGUGAUAUGAUUAUUGAAAAUCAUACUACUGGUGAUACAUGUAUUCUCAAAUUUCAUACAUAUAGUUAUUUUUCACGUGAGCCACCGAGAAAAGUUACUGGAUUUGUCAAAGAUAAAAAUGGAUUUGUUCAUUGGUAUAUAAGUGGUUAUUGGGAUAAGUAUAUUGAUAUUGCUAAGGUUACUAAGCAACCUAAAAAUAAGGAUACUUCUAAUGGAUCUAUUCCUGUUAUGGAAACUGGUGAAAUGAUUAGAGUAUGGUCUAUUAAUGAACCUUUAGAAAAUAGUGAAAAGAUGUACAAUUUUUCACAACUCACCGUUACGUUAAAUGAAGAAGAAGAUAGGAUAGCUCCAACUGAUUCUAGGUUAAGGCCAGACCAAAGGUUAAUGGAAAAUGGUGAUUGGGAUGAAGCGAAUAAGGUUAAAAAUUUAUUAGAAGAAAAACAACGCGGUGUUCGCAGGAAGAGAGAAGCUGAAGCGCAAAGGGCAAUGCAACUAGGUGAACCUUACAAGGAAUAUGAACCUUUAUGGUUUGAAAAAGCUCAAGAUCCUUAUACUGGUUCAGUUAUUCAUUUAUUUAAACAUGAGUAUUGGAAAUGUAAAGAAGAUCAGGAUUGGAGUAGAUGUCCAGAGAUUUUUUAA